GAUGAUUGCUCGAAUCAUUGAAAAUCGGUGCGCAGUGUUGAUGCCAUUCAUCGACACAGACACCGAAACAAACCGCCUUGCUGCUCUGUUGAGACUCGAGACUGCGUGCGUCGCCAAUUGUCUGCCAAGAGUCCCAUAAAGUUAGUUUGUCCGUCUCGAAUCCGAGGGCAGAGGAGAUAUGAUGCAAUCCGGUGGAUACAGCAGCGCGUACGACGACUACAGCGACUACCAGCAGCAAGAUGCUCUCAUCGGGCGGCAGGACGACGUCGACGCGGACGGCAUGCUGAUCGUGGAGGGAGCGGGAGAAAUGGGAGGAUCGUCACCGGGGCAGCUGCUGGGGKGUUCCCAAGACGGAUUCGGAGGAACGGCGGAAAACGGCGCAUCGUCCAUCGACUUUCGCGAUCCAAAGAUCGCGAGUCUCCCCCGGAUUCUUCUCAUGGGCCCCAGGCGAGGCGGCAAAACCAGCAUUCAGGUACGAACGGUGCUCUUCGCUCUUGUUUGCCGAUCGGUCGGGGACAGCACUCUUGCCCUGUAUGUCUGUGCUCCGCACGAAUAGAUUUGAUUUUGUGUUCGUGCCGUGAUUGCUCGAGCUCUCGUCCCUUGGGCCUCAGCGGACGAAUCGACUUGUGCGUUUUACACAAUUUGUUUGUUCGUGCGUCUUUACUAACAAUGCGUAAAUCGUUGUGCAAAACAAACCUACGGAAUGCGCAACAACCGAAUGCCAUGAAACAAAACAAAACUAAACGAAACGAAACGAAACGAAACGAAACGAACGCAAUCAACAAUAAAUAAUUCCAAUGAUUCCACCUUCCUUUUGACAAUACAAAGAGAGUCGUGUUUCAGAAGAUGUCACCCCACGAGACGUUGUUUCGAUUGGAAGCUACGCAGCAGCUGGAGCGGGCCGUUGUAGACCACACACCACUCUGCCGAUUUACCGUGUGGGACUUCCCCGGUGAUUAUUACGGAGGAGACGACGACGAAAUCAACAACAGUGUGUUCGAGGGCGGCGGGGCACCCACGUCGUUAAUAUUCGUGGUGGACGCCCAGGACGAACCCUACGAUCACGUCCUGCAGAGUUUCACCAAUGCCGUCACGAAGGCACUCGCGCUGAAUCCCAACAUCGUCAUCGAGGUUUUUAUCAACAAGGUAGACGGAGAACUGUUCCUGAGCGACGAGAGCAAAUACGACUGCCGCAGAGAUAUCAUGACGCAGGUCACGGACGAACUGACAGAUGCCGGGGUGAGCCCCGACAACAUUCACAUCCGCUACCACCUGACCAGCAUCUAUGAUCACUCGAUAUACGAAGCACUGUCCAGGGUUGUUCAGCGGUUGAUACCACAGUUGCCAACGCUCGAGAACCUGUUGAACGUUCUAGUGAGCACGUGUUCCAUGGAGAAAGCGUAUUUGUUCGAUGUAGUAUCCAAACUGUACAUCAGUACUGAUCCUGGACCGGUGGACAUGCAGAGCGUAGAACUCUGCUCCGACAUGAUUGAUGUGGUGCUGGACGUAAGCGGGAUUUAUGGACUUGGACCCUCCCAUUACGAGAUGGGCAACACCAGCGAAGAAACCACGAGCUCAAUCGAAAACAAACAGAGCAGCGACCAGACGCAGCAGAAACAGAUACAAAACGGGGACGAAUUGGUCGGAACUCUGAUAAAACAAGCACCGGCGGAAGACUCGGAAGUGGACAUGGUCGAUCCGGAUUCGGCCUACGACUGCAAAAGUGCGAGUGUCAUUCGUCUCAGUAAUGGAAUGGUGAGUAUAUACCACGAUAGUCUCGCGAUUUUUCUUGUGAUGGGUUCCUUCCUACGGACAUGGCACAUUGUUCCAAAAAUUCUUUGAAGUAAGUCCUCUUCUUCCAUACAGCUCACGGAUAUUUUUUUCUUUUGGUCAGGUAUUGUAUCUGAAAGAGGUAGACACAAUGCUGGCUCUGGUGUGCAUAACCCGCGCCGAGAAUUUCCGCAAGAAGAGUUUGAUCAAUUACAAUAUUGGAUGUCUAAAAAAGGCAUUGAGAGCACUUGUUCAACCUGCAUCCACUAGUAAAAAUAGUCACUAGGCAGGAUAGUUGUAUGUUUGCACCUUGCAACAAGGCGUUACGUUAUUAAUUACUAGUUUUGUUCAUAAAACGUUUUGUUUAAA